AUGUCUUCUUCUGCUGUGUCUGCUGGCAGUGAAAAGCCAAUUCAAAGAAAGGGUAAGACUGCUUCCGAAAAGAACUCAAGAGAAGGUACUCCAGGUACUCCAGCUUUGAAGAACUCCAACUCAAUCCUGAAGAUAUACUCUGAUGAAGCUAAGGGAUUGAGAGUCGACCCAUUGGUUGUUUUGUUCUUGGCUGUUGGUUUCAUCUUCUCCGUCGUUGGUCUUCACGUCAUCUCUAAGAUUACUUCCAAGAUUUUCUAA